UUUCGGCAACCCGUAACCCGAAACCUUUUGAAUUGAAUCUAAGCCACCAACCAAAUUAGGGUUUCUUUCAGCUCUCGGAGUUCAGCUCAUUCCCUUUUACGUUAAUUGGUUAUUAGGGUUCUUCCUGCUGUAAAGUUUUCGAUAUUGCGCUCAAAUGGAUGACAUGGACGACGACGCAAGGUACCAUUCGAAGGCCUACUCUCUCAACCAUCAUAACUCUUCUGGUCGCCGAAAAAUCAAUAUACGAAACACCCAAUAUUCUCGCCCGAUUGCCAAUCGAUACGCAGAGGAAGACGACGACGAAUUGGACGAGUUUGAUGAAGGAAAUUGCCGACAAGACCACGACGAGGAAGAGGAAGAGGAGCAUCCACGUGGGUUACAUCGGAAUUUUGACGCGGACGAUGGUUUUGAAAGGCACACGAAGAAGAGGAAGGUGAAGAAUUUGGAAUCAAACUACGAGUUUGCGCCUCGCGUGAGAGUGCCGUAUAGGGAUCCGAGUUCUCGGGGCGAAGAGGAUUGGACUGAGCACGCGGUGUUUGUUCUGUUAGAGGUUUGGGGUGAUAGGUUUCUUCAGCUUGGGAGGAAGAGUUUGAGGUCUGAAGAUUGGCGUGAAGUGGCCGAGAAGGUUUCAGAGGCGUCUAAGAUCGAAAGGACCGACACGCAAUGCAGGAGUAUGUUGGAUAUGCUUAAGAGGAAGUACAAGAAGGAGAAGGAGAAAGUUGAAGAAAUGGGGUUGAAUUCUAGCAAAUGGGCUUACUUUAAGAAGAUGGAUAUGUUAAUGGCUUCGUCCUUGAGGCAAGAAUGCGGGCUUGCUUGCGGGGUAGAUUCCGGUGAGUAUGUGUUUAUGAACACAAGGGUAUAUUUGGAGCGGUCGAAUGGGUUUGAUGAGAUGAGGGAUAGUCCUGGUGAGUCAGAGACAGAUGAGGAUGAGGAUGGGAAUGAUGAUCAGGAUGCCUUUCCGCCACGAAUGGGGAUGCGUGGAGUGGAUAGGGGGGAGGAAGGGUCUUCGUAUAGAGUGUUGGCGGAUUCUAUUCACAAGUUUGGGGAGAUUUAUGAGAAGAUUGAGAGUAGUAAGAGGCAGCAGAUGAGGGAAUUGGAGAAGAUGAGGAAAGAUUUCCAUAAGGAGUUGGAAUUUCAGAAGAAGCAGAUUCUUGAGAGAGCACAAGUGGAGAUUGCGAAAAUUCAGGAAGCUGACGAUGAUGAUGAAACGGAUGUUUCUGCUGAGGAUCUCAGUGAAUGAUGCGGGACUUGUUAUUAUUUUGAAGGAUGGUGGCACCUGAAGCUGCUCUCUCCUCUGCUCUGGGGAGGAACAUCUGCUGGCUUUGCUAACAGUGCGAAUUCUUUUUGGGAAGUUUUAUCUUAUAUAUAACUAUUGGCCAAAAUACAGACUUUAUUUGUAAUUUGAUGAGAAUGGAGGAUUUUGAUUAACAUGCAACAUAUUCAUCUCUGUUACUCUAUCAGCGGCUGU